CGGCUGGAGGCAAACAAAAACAGCAAAAUCAUUUUUAAAUCGCCAAAAGAAGCAAAACAUUGCGUACGCGUAUGGUUGGCAACAUCAAAAGUCAUAUCGAGUUACUAAGAAAUCGCAUAACAAUUGCAACUGAUUAUUUGGAAUGCGAAAAUAAAUUGUUGCAUGCAUAUCUACGAAUGUGACGGCAAAAAACGCACAACCGUUCCGGAAUUUGGAAAAAGCACGUAUAGAUAUGUAUGUAUGUGUGUAUGCGAAAUUGCAUAACAAACUCAUUUAUCAAAUCAGGAGGAUAGUGCGAGCGCACAAAAAACACGCAAACUGAACAAGAAAUACAAAUAAGAUUACAAGCCGAGGCGAAGAUUCAAUACAAUGCAAAUAAAAACCAACUAAAGUACUUGUGCUCACUACAAAUGAUAUUAAUGCCACAAAGCAGCAAGUGAACGGGUGAGCGGAGCGGAGCGGAACGGGCGCACAAUAAACGAGCAAAUUGGGAGAUGGCAGAAAAACGCAAGGGCAAGGCAAGCAGCUGAAGAAGUGCUUCGCACAGACAAGAAAUUGCGAGCAUAGCGAUUUUCACAUGAAAAAUGAUGUUUAUAUGAAAUUAUGGUGAAAAACAUGAAGUUCGAGUUAUUGCAUACGAGCAAACGCGCCACAUUCAAUGCAAUAACAACACAUUAUUAGGUGAAAUAAAAGGAAAAAGGAAGCAGAAAGAGCACUGAAAGGCAGAAGCGCUAACAAAGCAACAGAUAUGGUUGCAGAAGUGAAGGAAGGGAAGUGAAAAGCGCGCGAUGACAAGAAAGACGCUAUGAAAAAAUGCUAAUGUAAUAAGUGUAACAUAGUGAAACGAAGACAGAAGAGCACAACAGCAAUAAGCAAAGUAACGGCAGCGCCAAAAAAGCUUGGCGACAUACAGAUAUUACUGCCAAAACGAGAGCACUGGCCACAAAAAGCAGAGACCUCCGUACUAAGAAAGGAACAAAGCGGGAAGAGCGUGCAGAAAGUGAAAAGGCAAAUCUGCACUACGAGCAGAAGACAUUAUUGUCAGGACAAGCAAUACAAAUAUAAAUACCGUAUAGGGGGCGUGACAAAAGUAGGCUAUACACGGGCCUCAUAAGAACAACAGCAGUUUUGUAUAAUUUAUCAAAGUUGCAGUGUAUUUCUUUUUUACAAAGCAUAAGAAAACAUAUAAACACAUACCUACAAGCGCAUAUACACAUUAUAGAAAGCACCGUUAUAACGGCGCGGCAAUGCAAAAUUUAUGCGCCACACUUAUCGGCCGUGCUUCUUGCGACGACUUCAGUUCAAAAACACAUUAACCCUAAUGAGUGAGCGUAUCAGCGCGCUAGACGAGACGAAACUAUCACAAUAACAACAACAAGAAGUGUGAAAACUUACGGCAUUACACGCGCUUAUCAGCGGGUGUCUACUUGGCUGCCUUGGUGUGUGGGUGCCACCGACGUGCUGGUAGUUGGUGCUGGUGUCGCUGCUGCGCCAACGUUUCGUCGCGUAUUUUACAAACACAAAUGUCACCGAUAUUAAUGCCAAUGCACAUGCUGGAAAUUCGGAUAAUAUUACUUUGCCUGCCAUCGAUAUUACUGGCGACGACGCUGGAGCCAGAACAAAAAUCAAUACUCACCGAUAGCGACUGGAAGAAGCUAUGGAUGCGAGGCGGUAUAAAUCCCGAUUCAAAAUUGGAUAACAAUCUCGACACAAGUGACAGUCCGAUGUUCGAGGAUAGUGAGAUGGCGCACAACACGACCGUCCAGUUGGGUGGCACCGCAUUUCUGGUUUGCAAAGUGUCCGGCGUGGAUAGAGUGGGUGUAAAUUGGAAUCAGAUUUCUUGGAUACGUCGACGCGACUGGCACAUCCUUUCGUCCGGCGCUCAACUCUACACCAACGACGAACGCUUCGCGAUACUGCACGCGCCCGGCUCCAACAUGUGGACGUUGCAGAUAAAGUUCGUGCAGCGGCGAGAUCACGGCAUGUACGAGUGUCAGGUAUCAACGCCGACAGGCAUCAUUUCGCAUUUUGUGAAUCUGCAAGUGGUCGUACCCGAGGCAUUUAUACUGGGCUCCGGUGAGCUGCACGUCGACAUGGGAUCCACAAUAAAUCUCGUCUGCAUAAUUGAAAAGAGUCCAACUCCACCACAGUAUGUGUAUUGGCAGAAAAACGAUCGCCUUAUUAACUAUUACGACACGAGGCGUGACAUUUCAAUCGAGACCACACCUGGACCACGUACACAAAGUCGCCUCAUCAUAAGAGAGCCACAAAUCACCGAUUCGGGAAAUUACACAUGCUCAGCCAGCAAUACGGAGCCAGCGAGCAUUUACGUUUUCGUGUCAAAAGGCGAUAAUAUGGCGGCUAUAUCACGAAAGACUUCCUCGGCCGAUCGGAUUGCAGCGAUAUUCAAAUAUCUUUUGGCCCCUUGUGUGCUGGUGAAUACGCUGGGUAUAAGGCGCAUUUUUUUAACCUAAGACUUAAAUUAAACAUAACGAAUAAAUUAUAAAUAAUCCUAUUUAAGAUAUUUUCAAUUUAGAUCUAACAAAAAAAUGCAGAAAAAUAUGGAAAAAACUAUCUUAAAAUAGCAGUAAUCUAUAAAUUUUAGCACAAUUUAAAUACAUAUGUAUUAUUUAUUAAUGUUCCAAUAAAAAAGUAAGAAAAAAAGUAAAAACAAAUAAAUAAAUAUACAACAAAAUAAUGAAAGCGAAGCGAGCAUUAAAUUGUUGCGAGUAAAAAAUUGUAAAUAGCGUUAGAAUAUUGACACAAUAAAAAAUACUUUAAAAUAAUAUAACUGUAAAUUACUAUGUGUGACGCAUAUUUCGUUAUUAGAUUACAAAUUACAAAACAAAAAUAUCAUAUGCGAGGGCAUAUGUGUACAUUAAAUUGAUUAAUGAUAUGUAUAUGUACGUGUAAUUACGAUUAAAUUUAGUAUUAAUUUUGUAAUUCAAAUUUCAUAAAAAUUUAGUUGUAAUAUUUUUUGUAUGUAAAAAGCAUUUACCCUGCUCAGUUUGCGGCGCGAAACUUUGUACAUUUUCAUGGAAAAGGAAGGAGAGCAAAAAAUAAAAGCAAAACCCAAGGAAAAAACUAACAAAAAUAAAUAAACAUCAACACACAUAAAUUAGUAUUGCCAUUAAUUGUAAUUAAUUAAAUUAAGGUUUUGUUACGCAUUUACGCUUAUCCGUUGAAAUCAAUUAAAAACCUAAGUGAGAGUUCAUAAAAAAUACAGUUAUAUACAUAUAUAAAUUAAGAAUGAACGCUUAAUGGAACAUAACGGGCGAGCGCGAGAGUUGGGUUUAAGCGAACUGGCGCAAGAGAAAAUUUAUUAUAUUUAGAUGUUAAUGAAUUUAAAUAUAAUAAGCAAAUGAAUGACGUAGUGAAACUAUAGUUAAAAAUAUAUGUAGAAAAUAAAUGAAUGAAUAAAUAAUAAAUAGUUUAAAAAAUAUCAGAAAUAAGCUUAAAAAUUGAAGACACAAAAACCGACUAAGAUAAUUUGUGAAUAAAAGGCAAAUGCGACAAGAUGCGAGCGCAACAAAAAUAUUGAUAAUAAGCAAGAAAUCCAAGAUAAAAUUAUUAUAAAUUCUAUUAAAUGUAGAAUCCUUAUUAAAAUUCCAUGAAAAUUAAGCAAACAAAAAUAAGACACUACAAAUGUUCACCGAAACUGCCGAGGCAGUCAAAUAUGGCAAUUAGAAAUGAAAACGUUAAUACAGUGGGCACAAGUUUAUUUUCAUUUGUUUGAAUUUUUUUAAGUUAAUAAGGAUUUCUUUUUCGAAAAAGGGCACAAAAUAAUAGUAGCAAAUUUAUUUCGAAAAAAAUAAUAGCUGUCACUUAGUUGCAAUGAAAAUAUUGAGAUGGAACAAUAUACAUCCGCUUUUGAAGUUAGAAUCACCUAUCUAUCUAUGUAUCUGUCAGUCAGCGAAUAAUGCCUGAAAGCAUAAAUUUAGUUUAAACUAAAUUCCAAAAUGUUCAACGUAAACCAUUUCCUAUAUAUAUUUUUCAUCAAAAACAAGCGUUUUAAUUAUUAUAUACAACUAAUUUUGUAAUAUAUCUACAAACCCACAAAUUCACCUCAGAACAUCUUCAUAUAAGAGACUCCGACACACCAAAGGAUAAAAAGUAGUGAAUCGAACAAACUACAACCUGAAUCCAAAGCGCUAUAGUUUUCCCAAACAAAACGAAACAUACCCAUUGCUUAAAAAGAGUAAGCGUACUUUCUUCACUAAGUUUUUAAAGUGCUCUAGCUCUCCUAUGAGUCUAUAAUAUGGAUUCAUAAUUAUUGACCAGUUGAAAUAGACAUUAAUUGCUUAUAUAAUAUCGGUUAUUAACUUAUAUUUUUGCUGACAUAUCGAGAAGACGGCCGGAAAUGUCUAGAGCAAGGCACCAGGCAAACAAUGGAACAGCUCUUGUGCACUUUUCCCGCAUUGGCAAGACUACGCAGUAAGCAUCUGGGGACCCCACAAUAUGAAACACUGGAGAAAGUAUCGAUAGUGAGGCCGCAGAGCCUCUUAGAAUUUGCUUCAAGCGCAGGCAUCCUGAAGGAUGAAUACUUCUCUUGGACCUGACAACUGAACUCCAUUUGGUAUCGCAAAGGAGCAAAACUAGUCUAUGGGUAGCUCAUUGGCCUGAUUAACCUAACCUAUAUUCUUGAAUAUAUAAAUGAAAUAUUAGUCUCUGAUUACUCUCCAACGAAGUAGUAAUGCAAGCAAGAACUUUCACUUUUACGUGCAACAUAGCCAGCAUUCUUCAUUAUUAAGACUUGAACUAUAACCAAGUGAAAGCUUAUUUCAGAGACAACUAUAUGGGUCGAAAGAUUUUUUUGCCGUUAUGCUAUAUGGUACUAUAUUUAUGUUAUACCUCGUUGUAUUUUCUUAGUUUAUUUGGAGUGUAAAUUUUAAAAGGUUUACUUCGAAAUUCUUAAAAGGUAUGAAAGACGGUGAUCGUGCUCAACCAGUGAACGUAUGUAGGUAUAGAUAUCUUACUCACUGUCUUUCAUACAUUUAUGCUUGGAAAACAUUAACAAUCUUGACAAAUCUAAUUAGUAUGAUCUUCCAAUUUUUUAAUGAACCUGCUCGUAAUCGCUCUUUCUAUGAUCGUUCAUUCAAAAACAAACUUAUAUCAUUUCGAUCUACCCUAUCGAGUGUUUAACAACUAGGAUUAUGUAUAAAUACUUCAGAAUGUUAGAAGCUGCAAAAUAAUAUUGAUCCUACCAUACUACUACACGGAAAAUAUUGGACUAAAAUUCUUCAGAAACAAACCUUAUGAAUUUUUACAUUGCUUUGUAUUAUUGCUCCCUCUUUUAUUUAAUGCGUUUACGCAAAUAUUUAGAGAUUAAUUUAUUUUAUUAUACAGAACAUAUAAUAUUAUACAAUUUGGUUUAAUACGUUUGCUGCCCACUGUACAUCUGCCGCAUUGUAACUAUAUUGAAAUAAAAAAGAAAUGAAGAAAAUACAUACAUAACUAUUUGUAGAUAAGCGCAUUUAAUGUACACAAUUCAGUAUGAGAAUAAACAGACAUUCAAAUCAUUA